AUGGCUUCCGAUCUCAGCAAAAAGAGGAAAUUCAAGGAUAGCAAGGGCUCCAAGCCCGAGCGCGCUCUCGCUUCUUCUUCAAAGGCCAAGAAACUAAAGAGGGCCCCGACCCCGGAAGACAGCGACGCCGAGCGCGACAACAGCAGCGACCCCGAGAUCGAGAACCAGGAACCCGAAGUGGAAGUUCCAGGGCCGCCGCAAGACAACUCGGAAGACCAGGAGGCCGAGGAAAAUGCGAACGCUUUUGAGAGACAGGAUGAGCCAGCGGGAUUGGACAGCGCCAUCCAGAAAGGCGACGGGUCCUUGCUUGGCCCCUCGGUGUCGACGGACGCCCAGGCGUUCUCUGAACUCAAUCUCUCCGACAAGACCAUGAUGUCAAUUAACGAAAUGGGAUUCACAAAAAUGACCGAGAUCCAACGGCGAGGCAUCCCACCUCUCCUCGCGGGCAAGGAUGUGCUGGGGGCGGCCAAGACCGGAUCUGGAAAGACGCUUGCGUUCCUCAUUCCCGCCAUCGAAAUGCUCAACUCCCUCCGCUUCAAACCGCGCAAUGGCACCGGUGUUAUCGUUGUCACUCCCACACGUGAGCUGGCGCUGCAGAUCUUCGGCGUUGCGCGCGAGCUGAUGAAGAAUCACUCUCAGACUUACGGGGUGGUUAUCGGAGGUGCCAACAUUAGAGCGGAGGAAGAUAAAUUAGGAAAGGGCGUGAACCUCCUAAUUGCCACCCCUGGCAGGCUGCUCGAUCAUCUCCGCCGCGGCAGCUUCGUCUUUAAGAAUCUGAAGUCCCUGAUCAUCGACGAGGCCGACCGGAUUUUGGAAGUUGGCUUCGAGGACGAAAUGCGCCAUAUCGUCAAAAUCCUCCCCAAGGAAAAUCGUCAAACCAUGCUCUUCUCAGCCACACAAACAACCAAGGUUGAAGACCUUGCAAGAAUCUCACUCCGUCCCGGGCCGCUAUACAUCAAUGUCGACGAGGAGAAGCAGUUCAGCACAGUUGAAGGGCUCGACCAGGGAUACGUCAUUGUCGAUGCAGACAAGCGCUUCCUUUUGCUCUUCUCGUUUCUCAAGAAGAUGGCGAAGAAGAAGAUCAUCGUCUUCCUUUCGUCCUGCAACUCUGUCAAAUACUACAGCGAACUCCUCCAGUACAUUGAUCUGCAGGUCCUCGACUUACACGGAAAGCAGAAGCAGCAAAAACGGACCAACACCUUCUUUGAGUUCUGCAACGCCAAGCAGGGUACUCUAAUCUGCACCGACGUUGCCGCCCGCGGCCUCGAUAUUCCCCAGGUUGACUGGAUCGUUCAAUUCGAUCCCCCGGAUGACCCCCGUGAUUACAUCCACCGGGUAGGUCGGACCGCUCGGGGCAACAACACCAAAGGGCGGUCGCUGUUGUUCCUGCAGCCGUGUGAACUUGGCUUCUUGGCCCACCUCAAGGCCGCCAAGGUCCCCGUCGUCGAGUACGAUUUUCCCAAGAACAAGAUCCUCAACGUGCAGUCCCAGCUGGAGAAGCUCAUUGGGAGCAACUACUAUCUCAACCAGAGUGCCAAGGACGGCUACCGGUCUUACCUCCACGCAUAUGCCUCCCACAGCCUCCGCAGCGUUUUUGAUGUCCAGAAGCUCGACAUGGUAAAGGUGGCCAAGGGCUUCGGUUUCUCCACGCCGCCCAGAGUUGACAUCACCCUGGGAGCGGGUAUGAGCCGGGACAAGAAGCCCCAGGCCAGGAGGGCAUAUGGUAGUCAGCCAAGGCAAAGCGGCCACCAGCGGAGGUAG